UUGCACAUGUGUACAUCCUAGUCUUGUUGGUUACUGAUCUUAAUUUGUUCUAACUAUACACCUCGGUAAUGCAAUCGGUUUUAAAUCGAAAUGACUUGGGAAGACAUUGAGAUAAAGCUUCCUCCGGAAGUGAUUGCUUCGUUGGAGCUUGACAGUCACAAUCGUGUGAUUGACUAUCCUAAUAUAACAGUGAAGCCUUUCACAGGUUCAGAACGCAUACGUCCUCAUGAUCCGCGUCCUAUAAUGGAUGAUGAAACCCUUCACAAGGGUAUGAUAAAGCAUCUUCCAUGGUUAUUCGAGCAGUUUAACCAUGGAGUCGUUAAAUUGCAUCAGAAGUAUGCAUCCCCUCGUGUAAAGAUCAAAUCGCCGUUAAACUACAUGUUAGGUGUACGUACCGAGUUUUUAGGGUCUGAGGAGAGCAAGAAUGUGGACAUGUCUAUGUUGUUUGAGGGCGGCGACCCUGCGCUGACUGCUUUGUGGUCUGAGAUACUUAAAAGUGACGUUGUGGAGGACCCUUGCAAUACCCCGGAUAGAUCAUCCGGUGUGGCUAAGGACGAUUUUGAGCUCUCUAACCUGUUAACUAGUGUUGAUCGUCAUGUUGGUGUGGAGUUUUCCGAUGAAGAUGAUGGAUGGUCUGGUGACGAGGGCUCUGACAUCGAACUGGAGGAAUCUACUCCUAAAGGGCGCAAGCGGUUGAAAAGAAAGUCGGGACAAUCCUCUUCACGGGAUGCUUCCGUGUUACCUACACAAAGCGGGUCUUGCCAACAAGCCACUGACGAGGGUGCUACAUGUGAUCCUAGUGAAGGUGGUCCCCCAGGACCAGUGACUAGCAUCUUGGAUGAUUAUUACGCUCCCAGCGCUUCGCAUAAGCUGGAUAUAUCCAGCAUUGAGGAGCGGAUGUUCGCUAGAGCAGAAGAGGGUCUCCUCCAUCGUUCCGAUGCGGAAGCUGAGUUGGAUGAUAUCCUAUUAUCCAUUCUUGAGAAGGGCGACACAGUUGGUUUUUCAAAGUUGGUUGCCAGUAUACCGUUUGAGCGUGUUGAGUUAUCGCAGGAGAUAUACCACGACAUGUUUAGUUGGAAGAGUUGGCUCAUUAACGGUAUACACAUAUGUUUCAUUGGUAUGGGUUCCAAGAGGCAGUUAAUCCGUUCAUUUGUCGAGUUUGCUCUAAAGGACGGCACUUGUUUGACUAUUGACGGGUAUAAGGUCCAGGGUACCAAUUGCGAUGGCCUUUGGCAGUACGUUGAGCGCGAGCUGUUCAACAGGAAGGAGAGCAAGUCAGUUGCUGACUCCAAGCAGACGGUAUUAUCCAGUAUAGCGGAACUUGAUAUGCCAUUUUAUCUUGUCAUCUAUGGUAUAGACCUUCUUGUGGUCCACAACACUCUGAAAUUCCUGCGACCGCUUCUGAAGAUUAGCAAUGUCCGUGUCAUAGGUACUAUGGACCAUUUAAGGUCUGGUGUGGUUGUACCAUCUUUGGAACAACUUUUAUCUAACCUACGUCUAGUGGAGGUCGACACUAAUGUUGACUACAGGAGCGAGUUAUUAUCACUUUGGGAGAAGCACCCGCCGUGUUAUAUACUACGUGAAGACCAGCAUAAAAGUGCAAGUGAGAUGCAUGCCGUCAUUAGUGCCCUUAAUGUGAACCAUCGCAAGUUAUUUAGUCUGAUUGCCGAGAUGCAGCUGGCUGCAUGUAGCAAUGGCGAGCGUUUUGACGGCAUUGAGAAGUACAGCUUGCUGCGUGAGCGCCGUGCCAUAACUAUAUGCAACAGUGAGAGCAAGUUGGAUGCGUUGCUAACUGAGUUCAUUACCCACAAUUUGAUCCAGCAAUCUCGUGGACCUGGUGGUAAAUUGUACCUUAUGAUACCGUUUCCUCCGGAGGAGCUGCAGCAAUUUCUCCAGCUAUGAAUCAAGCUGUAUC